CCCGCCCCGCGGAGGCUCCGCGCGGUGCUCGGAACCCUGGCAGGCGCAGUAGGGUCACGCGGGCUCGGCGGCUGGCUGGUCUCGCGGAGGCGGAGCGAGGAACUCGAGGAAGCAUGGAUGUUGAUGGCUCUGAACAAGAUCCUGAAAUGAAGGAAUAUUCUGCUGUCUGUGUUGGCAGAGAAGAGGACCUUAAAAAAUCUGAAAGAAUGACAGCUGUUGUGCAUGAUAGAGAAGUGGUCAUUUUCUACCACAAAGGAGAGUAUCAUGCUAUGGAUAUUCGCUGUUACCACUCAGGAGGACCUUUACAUUUGGGAGAUAUAGAGGAUUUUGAUGGACGACCAUGUAUAGUUUGCCCCUGGCAUAAAUACAAAAUUACUUUGGCAACAGGAGAAGGACUAUAUCAGUCUAUAAACCCUAGAGAUCCAUCAGCAAAACCCAAGUGGUGCUCCAAAGGAGUAAAGCAAAGGAUUCAUACAGUGACAGUGGACAAUGGGAAUAUUUAUGUGACUCUUUCUAAUGAACCUUUUAAGUGUGACUCUGAUUUUUAUGCCACUGGAAACUUCAAAGUUAUUCGGAGUUCUUUCUGAUAAAACUAUAUGGCAAUGAAAAAUGUUGUGUAUGUUUUGAAUAUAUUAGAAUAAUCAUACUUCAAUACCAAAGAGUAUUAAUUUUUCCAACAUAGGCACAUUUAUUACUUAUCUUUAAAAAUCAUAUAAAGCUGAACAGUUCAAAAUUAUACAUAUUUACUGUGAUGUAAGGUUUAUCAGGAUAUAUAAAAUGCAUUUCAUCCAGUCCUCUGGAUUGACUGGAACAUGAAGGCUAUAGGUUUGGAAUGUGCAUUUUAAGAAGGGUGGAAAUAUUUGCAAUAACCACAAUGAAGAAAAGGUAGAAAAUUAAAUUUAAUAAGAAAUAUGGGGGUAAUCCCUAUUUUGAUGUAGCAGACUUUAUCAUGCAAAAGUUUUAAUAUAUACAAACUAAACAGAGUAGCCUAAUAAACUCUCAUCACCCACUUCAACAAUUAUCAGUAUUCUUCCAUUCUUCUAUUCUCGUAUUCUUGUUUCACUGAUACCUCGACACACUCUCCACCUCUGCCCCGUUAUUCUUACUUUUUAUAGGUAAAAUUUAAAUACACUGAGAUGCUUCAAUCUCAAUUAUUCAGGAUUUCCAAAUAUAUAGCAGAUUUUUGACACUUAAAACACUGCCUCCAAAAUGGGAUCAAUUUACGUUUCAUUUAAAAAUAAGACACUUAUUCAAUAUUUCCAUAGAACACCUGGUGCUCACCACAAGUGCACUCCUUAAUCUUCCUGUACUGCACAUCGAAACCAAAUAAAUCUUGGCUCAGUUUCUCUCAGGCCAAAGCAAACACUCUCACAAGUAAGGAAGACACACACAGCUGCUGCCCAGCCAUGAGAGAUGUAAAGUCUCUUAUACAGUGAGCCAAUGUGCUUUGAAUGUCCUAUGUGAAAUUUUCAAGCAAAGGUUUGUUUUUGUUUUGCUUUGUUUUUGAGAAUGUUGUGAUGUAUGUAGAACUGAGUGUUUUGUGUAACUGUUACAGAGAAGAGAUAGAGGGUGGUGUUCCUCAGUCCUUCCUGCUGAGUUCACAGGCAGGGUGGAUGCGAAGUCGGCCCACCCUGCUUUCACAGGCCUGUUAUUUACAAACAGCACUAUUCUGGUUGCCUGGCGCCCACACCGUACUGUAACACUCUGGGUGCUUACCAUCUAAAAUUUGGCAGCAAAUAGUAGAAAAUAAGAAGUAGAAUCAGAACCAGAUGAUCACAUUAUGAAUUCAGAGUGCAAAAAACUGUCAAAAUUGGAACUUUGUCUCUAAGCACAGUAAUCUUCUUAAUGGCCUAGGUUUUAAUUAAAGCCCCAAACCUAAUACUGAACAUUCUAGGGGGACCACCUGGACUCUUUUCCUUGGUUAUUGUAUAAAUAAUAAAUGAAUUAAGUACCUAUCAUUAAGGGUCUGCUUACGAGACCUUUGCUACACAUUAUUACAUUUCCUUUUCUGAUGGAAUAUGGGUAACAUGAAGUGGUAACACUUGUUACUCAUUUCUCAGACUACUGAAGACCCAAGCUUUGAUUUUUAUAAAUACUUUUCUGGCAGUAGCUAUUUACCUAGUACAGGAAAUGUACCAUCACUCGAUGGGUAAAUCAUAGCCAUUAUCUCAGGUGCUAACACUCCAAUGACCAGUCAGGACUUAACACGUGUCCAGAAUUUAAGACAUGUGGAAGAAACCAAAGUUUCUUGCCUGCCUUCUGCGGGCAAAACAAUGGCCCUCAUUUGCUGGCCAGUUACAGAAGCAUUUUCUCUCAGGACCUGGUGGCAACAAUGAGGAAUAUGGACUUGAUUUCUGGUUCUGAAUGAUUUCUUGAUUUCUGUGUUCCUUCAGAUCUGGAAAUAAAAAAUGUCAUGUCGUAUCCCACCCUCACUUACAGAACUCUCUUAUAAGACUUGUAAAUAAUAUUUUGUUUUAAAAUGUAUUAUGUCUGUGAAUUAAAAGUCCUUCAUAACUUUACAGAUGAGUUUAAAAAAGGAUCGAUAAUAGGCAGAUUCAAACUAUGCAGCCUGUUGAUAGAAAAUAAAUAUCCUUUUAUGAUCUCUGAAAAAGAUAUGUAGCAUUUUGAUAUGGAGGGUACUUUCCCCCAAGAUGAAUACAGUUGACCCUUGAACAUUGCCUGGGGGUGGGAUGCCAACCCCACACACAGUUGGAAAUCCACAUAUAACUUGGGGCUCCCCCAAAACUUAACUAUUAAUAGUCUACUGUUGACUGGAAGCCUGACUUGAUUAUAUACACAGUUGAUUAACACAUAUUUUGAAUGUUCUUUGUAAAAUCAUAAGCAAGCGAAUAUACACUUCCAGUACUAUAAUUCAUUUAUCAAAAAAGAUCUAUGUAUAAGUGGAUCUGUACUAUUCAAACCCAUGUUCAAGGGCCAACUAUAAUGGAAAUGUACUUGAAAUAGGUUUUAAUAAAAACAUAAAUGUAUUAUAAAUAUGUCCAUGUUAUAAAUGAUAGCAUAAAGUCUAACCCUCCAAAGGGUACACUUUCUUGUUCAUUAAAAAAUAUCAUAGUCAUACUUUUA